CAUCGUUGCCCACGCAGUCGAAUGGAUUGUCCGCGUGAUAUAUCGACAGGCGCAUUGACAACCGAGAGACUUUGCACUAGCAUGGCUAUCUGCAAGUCUGAUAGGGCGUUUAUCUAAGGUUCUCGACGUUAUCAUCGUCGCUGCUAUGUGUCUCUUAAUUGUGCGUUCGUAGCAACUUUAAGCUCCUACCGUUCGUGUAGCAGGUUCUGGCCCAGACUUGCUGGUGCCAACGUAUAAACCAGCCACACGGUGUAUCCCAGCCUGAUGUUACGCAUACCUUUUGGACAAUUCCUUUUCAGAAGGCGACUGCUGGAUGACUGUCCCUGGCAUUAGUAGGAUGCCUGUGUCCCUUUCUGACCCUGACCCACGUGGUUGUUAUUUGAAUGGCUCGUCUUCCUUGCAGCACAUCAGCCCAGAUGGCAAUCCGACCAGGGUUACUGACAAAUUAUGGAGUGAUAGAGAGUUGACCUGUUCAUCACAAGGAUGAGCUUAGCCA